AGCCUUUUCACGAUAAAUCUCGCACAUGCGCUCAAACGCUUCCGGACGGCAAACUACUUUGUUUACAUUGGUGACUUUGAUAACAACUAUGUCAAAGCGGGAGACUUUAAACAAGUUAAAAGUAAAUUCGUUGCGAAAGCUUGCUACAGAGUAUGGUAUUGAUGUCAGUAAGAAGAAAAAAGAAGAUCUCAUACAGGAAUUGCUAAUAUUCCAGACGUCAGCAUCUGUUUUAACACCGAUCGUGCAGCAAGAUUCGGCUGUAGGAUCCUUGACACUACCCUUUCAGGACAGUUUACCACCUUUCAACGCAGUAUUUUAUGACUCUCCAGACCACUGUUACAUUCCGAAAAUAACAUUCGGUGAUAUUUACAGUUUUUUAAUCGAAAGACCUUCACCAUAUGGGGGUACAGUAAAAAAUUUCAAGGGCCUAGACAGAGCUGUUAAGCAUUUCGAAGCUGGUGACGUCCAAGAUAUUAAGGUGUCACAGAUAAAUUCCUCAAUACUGUACAUCAGAGCUAAGUGUCAGGCUUCAAUGAAGAAACAUCACUACCAGGUGUACAUUUGCAUCUCUCGAAAUGGACAGUCAGGGACAAGUAUACAUCAUGGAUAUUGUCAAUGUCCUGUGGGGCUGGGGCAGAGCUGUAGUCAUAUUGGAAGCUUACAUUUUGCAUUGAGCCAUGCCAAACUCCAGGAAAGCUGCACAAGUAUGCCUUGCAAAUGCGUGGUACCCACAGCAAGGUCUAACAAACCCAACGGUCCACUAGAAACCUUGAGCCAAAGGAAGUCUAAAGAGGAUAAGACAGACAGCGACACCAAUGACACAGAGAAUACUUCAUUUGACCCUCGCCAUACCACUCACAGAGACUUUGACUUAAAUGCUACACUCCUUCAGUUGAGAAAUUUGAAGGAAAUUUUUCCAAGUACAGAUGAUGUCCCAAGAGCUGAGAGGGAGAUAGAGGUGGAAACAUAUGGAGAUCCAUUAGAAAUGGCAUCCAAAGCACUGAUCUUGUCCAAGGAGAAUUCGCCAAUCCCAAUUUCAAUUGAUGAAAAUCUGAGCGCCUAUGUAGAGGAAAGGACAAGAGGUCAACGAUCAUGUUCCCUUUGGAGUGAACUCCACAAAGGGAGAAUCACGAGUUCUCUCUUUGGUGCCAUUUUAAAUGCUGGACCUAACCCCAGGAACCUUGUGGACCAAAUUAUUAAUGGGUCCAGUUUGCAAAGAUAUCAAACACUUCCUCGUCCAGUCCAGUGGGGUGUAGACCAUGAGAAAGAAGCAGUGAAAGACUAUUUGACUCUGCAGAAUGCAGUCUCUGAUGUGACAGUGGAGGCAUCUGGGCUUACCAUUUACCCAUCUCAUGCAUUUUUAGGUGCAAGCAGUGAUGGAUGGGUAAAUGAUAAGUCCAUGUCCAUGGGAAAUCAGAGAGGGGUGUUAGAGAUUAAGUGCCCAUACUCAAUCUCUAAUGAAGUAAUUGUGGAAAGAGAGGUCAAUGAGCUAGCUGGGAAAGGGGGUUUUUGUUUGGAGGAUACACCAGAAGGACCAAGACUGAAACGAAAUCAUAAAUACUACGCUCAGAUUCAGGGUGAAAUGGCAAUAAUGGGGUGUCCGUGGGGUGAUUUUGUUGUCUGGACGGCAGCCAAAGACAGCAACUGUUUUAUAGAGAGAAUUUUCUUCGACUCUGAAUUUUGUACAUACGUGAUGCCAAAACUUGUUGAAUUUUUUGUUCAUCAUAUUUUGCCUUUUUAUUCUGAAAAUGAAUUAGCUCACCUGAACUGAAGGCUAAAGCAAGCUUUUCUAAUUGAAGGGUGUCCAGUGUCUGUCUGUCUAGUGUAUUCUGUUAAUUUUUCACAUUUUAAAUUUAAAAAUCUUCUUCUCAAGAACCACUGUGCAAGAAAAGAUAUAACCUUUAUGAAAGCUUCAUUACAGAGUAUAGACUUAAGUUUGCUCAAAUCAUAACCCCCAGCUUAAUGCAGUACCACAACAGCCUUAAAGGGGAUCAAAGUUAUAUAUAUCAUAUGAAUACACAGGAAAUAUAUUUAAUAAUCUUAUUCUCAAGAAAUGCAAAUUCAUGAUCAGUGAAAGCAAUAAGGAAGCAUCUUUAGUUAGUGUAGAUUCAAGUUUCUUCAUAUAAUGACCCCUGGGGUAGUUUUAAACCACUUAUAUAUUCAAACCUUUCAAUAUAAAUGUACCAAUUUCUGCUUUUCUCUAUAGAAAGUGCUCAGGUGAGCAACUGGCCUAUGGGCCUGUUUUUAUAUUAAUUUCAGAGUUCAUGUCUUUAAAUUUCUUUAUACAGAUUCACAAAAAUCCAGACAAAUGCUCCCCCUAAAAAAGAAACCAAAACUACUGUCGACAGGGUGUAUUUUGAUUUAAUGAUGGCAAAAACAAUGCAAUUUUAUAAGAAAUAUAACAUGCAUGUUACACACUUUGUAUGUAAAAGUUUCAAGUACAGCAGCACAUGAUUUUUUGUCAAAUAAAUUACUUCUGAACCUCUAAAUGAUAAAAAGGAAAGAAAAUCAACAUGGAUUUCGGUUAUAUUCAUUUCUUUAAUGUUUUGGCACAUUGGUUAAAACACUGCU